AUGUCGCGAUACGCGUCGCCCGGGUACAGUGCCGCAGAGCUCACCGCCGCGGUGCGAGAGCGCGGGCGAGAGGCGGUGCAUUGGCUCAUGGCGGGAGAGGACGCGGGUCCGCCCCCGGGACUCAUCGUGGACCCCCUCUCCGGAAACUACGCGGCGUCUCCCUCCGCGCUCGCCGCGGCGCGCGCCAGGCGCACGGGCGACGGCACCGGCGAGCUGCACCCGCCGUCCAGCGCCGCGAAGGAGGCGCUCAGCUCGCGAGUCAAGCAGCAGCAGCGGCUGAGGGGCGCGGUGACCAAGAUCGGCGCCGCGAGCGCGCUCGCCAAUUCCAAUUCCACGCCCACCCCCGCGAGGACGCCCACACCCGCGAGGACGCCCGUCCCCUCCCCUCACGGCAGACCCGCAUCGCGACGCGAGGUCACGCCGCCGAAACCCCCGCGGUUCGGGUCACCGUCGCGAGCGGCGGCGGCGGCGGCGAGCCGUUCGACGCAUCCGCCGGCGGGAAGGCGGACUCCGGCGGGAAGCUCGACCCCGAAGUCCACCUCGGGCAGAAGGAGCAUCAGGGACGACCCGCCGUCGCCCGCGUUCAGGCCGACGCCGACGCCGACGCGCUCGUCGCGGCUCGGGCGGGACGGUGGCGUGGACCACACUCAUCAUUCACCUCGUUCACCCGUACAAUACAACGCCGCCCUCAUCGACGAGCUCGAGCGGAGCCGCGAGGAGGAAGCCGAGCGCUCACGGCGCGCGAGGAUGGCGGAGAUCACGAGAGCCGCGGGUGAGGCGACGGCGGUGGCCACGGCCGCCGCCGCCGUCGCCGGCGCCACCGCCGUGGCGAGCGCCGUGCGUAGGCAGCUUCAACAGCGGCGGGACCUGCCGAGGGCGCCGUCGCAGACGCCUCUGAGUUACCCGGACCCGCCCACCGUGCAGCAAACGACGACGACGCGGUCGGUGAACACGGAGAUUGUCGUCGAGCGCGUGUCGCCGCCGAGCGCGACGGCGGGCGGCCCGACCGCGUCGUCGUACUUGAGGUCGGGGGAUCGAAUCCCGACGUCGCUGGACCCUCGAGAGCCGGACCCUCCUUCUCCCUCGUUCCACCCUCGCGGUUUCGUUCCCGACAGGAGAGACGCCGAGGCUACGGUGAUGCGCACAGCGAUUAAGCUCGAGAAGGAGCGCCGGAAACUUCGAGAGGAACGCGAGAUUUUCCAGAAGCGACAGUGGGAUCUCGACGCGAGGGAGCUGGGGCUGAAGCAGAGGGAGGCGCGGUGCGCCGAGGCGAUCGAGCUGUACCAAAUCCGCGAGGACCGCGCGGGCGAGCACAUAUCCGCGUCGAACGCGGCGCUCCUGCGAGAGUCGGAGGAUGCGAGACGAGACCUGGAGGGACUCAAGAACGCCGCGAUCGAGGCCGAGGAGCGCGCGCGACGCGCCGAGGCGAGGCUUCGCAUGAUCGAGGAGGACGCGACACGUAAGCGGGACGAGUUGGAGUCUUUGCGAGCCAAAGCCCGGGCGAGGGCGGCUAACGACGCGAGAAGGAUCGAACAGGAGCCAGAGUGGGAGCGAGCGUCGUUGGCGUUGAACAGGGAGACGAAGCUUCGCGAACUCCUCGCCGAGACGUUCGGGGUGGUCGGGGACGUCAACCGCGCGCUGGAGCACGGCUUCGCGCGAUGCGGCGCGCUGGCGGAGGGGGUGCUGGCGCGCGUCGGGGCGGUGGCGGACGCGACGGAGGCGGCGCCGGCACCAGCUGGCGGAACGCGCGAGGUUCAUCAUCAUCUGCGCGGCGUCGCUCGCGAGCUCAGGGCGGAGAGCGCGAGGUUCGAGGCGGCGUGGUCGGAGCUGCACAAGGCGUACCGGCGGGGUAGGCGGGAGGUGGACCGGCACGCGGCGACGAUCGAGAUGGAGUCCGGGAUGUCGCUGGACGACCGUCCCGGGUACUACUAG